AUGACGUUUCAUGACGAUUCUAUCAACUUCCUCGGACUUGCACUUGUUCUGCUCCUCUGCUUUCUCUCGCCGGCAACCUUCGCCGCAGAUUAUAUCUCGUCUACUUUGGACGGUCCGUUCGUUCCGGUAACGGUGCCUUUAGACACCACUCUCCGGGGAAAAGCAAUCGAUUUGCCUGACACCGAUCCUCGCGUACGCCGCCACGUCACUGGUUUCGAGCCCGAGCAGAUUUCUCUCUCUCUCUCAUCCGAUCACGAUUCCGUUUGGGUCUCUUGGAUCACAGGUGAGUUCCAAAUCGGCGAGAACGUGAAGCCAUUAGAUCCGACAAGUAUCGACAGUAUUGUCCAAUUCGGCACUUUGAGGCACUCACUGAGUCAUGAAGCCAAAGGACAUUCACUUGUUUAUAGUCAACUUUACCCUUUUGAAGGUCUCCUUAACUACACUUCUGGAAUCAUACACCAUGUUCGCAUUACAGGGCUGAAACCAAGUACUGUCUAUUACUAUCGCUGUGGGGAUCCUUCACGACAUGGUAUGAGUAAGAUACACCAUUUCAGGACAAUGCCGGUUUCGAGGCCGUCGAGUUAUCCCGGUCGGAUAGCAGUUGUGGGUGAUCUUGGUCUCACUUAUAACACCACAGAUACGAUUAGUCAUUUGAUUCAUAAUUCUCCGGAUCUAGUUUUAUUGAUCGGCGAUGUGAGCUACGCAAACUUGUAUCUAACCAACGGUAGUAGCUCGGAUUGUUAUUCUUGCUCUUUCCCACAGACGCCUAUACACGAGACGUAUCAGCCACGUUGGGAUUAUUGGGGUAGGUUCAUGGAGAAUCUGACUUCAAGAGUUCCUUUUAUGGUGGUCGAAGGAAAUCACGAAAUCGAAUUGCAAGCUGAGAACAAGACAUUUGAAGCUUAUAGCUCAAGAUUCGCUUUCCCUUUUAAAGAAAGCGGCUCCUCUUCCACGCUCUACUAUUCUUUUAACGCCGGCGGGAUUCACUUUGUAAUGCUCGGUGCCUACAUCGCCUUUGACAAAUCAGCGGAACAGUACGAGUGGCUAAAGAAGGAUUUGGCUAAAUUUGAUAGAUCGGUGACACCUUGGUUAGUAGUUUCUUGGCAUCCACCUUGGUAUAGCUCUUACACAGCGCAUUACAGAGAAGCCGAAUGUAUGAAAGAAGCUAUGGAGGAGUUGCUUUACUCUUACGGUACCGACAUUGUCUUCAACGGACACGUUCAUGCUUAUGAACGGUCGAACCGAGUUUACAACUACGAACUAGACCCGUGUGGCCCUGUCUACAUUGUGGUUGGAGAUGGAGGAAACCGUGAAAAGAUGGCGAUUGAGCAUGCCGAUGAACCCGGUAAAUGUCCUGACCCAUUAACCACACCGGAUCCUGGCAUGGGUGGCAAAUUUUGCGGUUGGAACUUCACCACGUCUGGUAAAUUCUGUUGGGAUCGGCAACCUGAUUAUAGUGCCUUGAGGGAAAGCAGCUUUGGCCAUGGAAUCCUAGAGAUGAAGAACGAUACAUGGGCACUAUGGACAUGGUAUAGGAAUCAAGACUCGAGCAGUAAAGUCGGAGAUCAGAUUUACAUUGUGAGACAACCUGAUAUUUGUCCCCGUCACAACCCCCUUGUUAACCAUUUCUAA